AUGGGUUUCACCGACUUUGUCUCUGAGGCUGGCCUGACUCUUGCCAACAACUUCUUUACUACCCGAAGCUACGUUGUUGGUGAUGCUCCUUCUCAGGCCGAUGUCGUGAGCUUCAAGGCCUUCUCUGGCGCUCCUGACGCCCAGAAGUACCCUCACGUUGCUCGUUGGUACAAGCACAUUGCAUCUUUCGAGUCCGAGUUCGGCUCUCUCCCUGGUGACGCCUCUGCGGCCUACACUACCUACGGCCCCGAGUCCACCGAGCUGCCCACCAACCCCAAGAACAAGGCCGAGGAUGAUGACGACAUGGACCUCUUCGGCAGUGACGAGGAUGAGGAGGAGGAUGCCGAGGCCGUCAAGGAGCGUGAGGCCCGUCUUGCUGAGUACAAGAAGAAGAAGGAGGCCAAGCCUAAGCCCGUUGCCAAGUCCAUUGUGACCCUCGAGGUUAAGCCUUGGGACGAUGAGACUGACCUCAAGGAGAUGGAGGCCAACGUUCGUGCCAUUGAGAAGGACGGCCUUGUCUGGGGUGCCUCCAAGCUCGUUGCUGUUGGUUUCGGUAUCAAGAAGCUCCAGAUCAACCUUGUUGUUGAGGACGAGAAGAUCUCUCUGGAUGAGCUCCAGCAGCAGAUCGAGGAGGACGAGGACCACGUCCAGUCCACCGAUGUUGCCGCUAUGCAGAAGCUGUAA